GUGACUACACAUUUAAAUCUCAUCUAAAAAAAUUCAUAAAAAAAUUUUAUGAAACUAAAACAACUUGUCUUAAAAUUUUCAAUAAUUUUAAUAGACAAAUAUAAAAAAAAAAAUCUCAAUAAGAUGCAUUGUUGCAUCAUCAACAAAUAUACAAAAAAACGGAGUAAAUUAAUUUCGAAAAAUUAAAUAUUAGUAGCUUCAAAAAAAAGUGACAGUUUUGCAAUUUACAGUUGAAAAAAAAAAGUAUUUUUUUAAAUCGAUAAAAUCGAUAAAAAUAAUAUAUAUAUAUUGGAGCUGUUUGGUACAGCCCCACUAUCCUCUCUGACUGUUUCUUUUGCGCACUUUUGCUCAGUGUAUUAACUCGUUUUGGUCCAGUCUCUCCGUGUGCCUGGUGUUUAACGUUUUUGUGCCGAGUUAAAAUUUGAAAAAAAAAAAAUUAAUAAAACUGUAUUCCAUCAAUAAGUGAAUAAUAAUAAUAAUUAACUUGUGAUUAUUUUUAAACAGUGGAUAUUUUUUAAAACAAAUUAAAAAUAAAUUAUCAAUUUUCAAUUUACUUAUAGUUUAUAGUAAAAUUAAAUUGAAAAAAAUUUGAAAAAAGAUAAAUUAAAUUUUGGUGAUGUAUUUAAUAAAGUGUACAGGUGAUUUGUGUGUUAAUUGAAUUAAUGAUAAUAUGUUAUAAUGAGUUGCUCGGUUAAAAUUUCGAGCAAGGGUUGGGCUGGUUCACAGCGUAAAAUUGGCUCACUGCCUGAAGAAACUGCAAGUGUUUAUACUGGUCAAGUAACAUCAGGUAAUACCAGUAAUAAUUUACAGCCAACAUUGAUUAUUCAACAACAACAACAAAAUCAACAACAACGUUCUGGUCAACCACCAAGACAAAUUAAAUCAAUUGCUGCUAAAAAAGGAGAAGAUGCAGCUAAAUUAUUAAAAUACAUUGAUGACAAUGUCAUUGGUAAAGGUGGAACAUUUUUUGGACCAUUUGGAAGAAGAAAGGUUGUAUAUUGUGAUUACACAGCAUCCGGAAGAUCAUUACAAUUUUUAGAAGAUUACAUAGUCAAAGAAGUGUUGCCAUGUCUCGGUGAUACACGUGCUUCAACAUCAAUUUGUAGUCUUCAAUCAUCUCUUUUUCGACAUGAAGCAAGAGAUAUUGUACGACAUGCAGUUAAUGCCAAUGAUCAAGAUGCUGUUCUUUUUACGGGUCAUGGUACAGAAGAUGCCCUACGUGUUCUUCUUCGUCAUCUUGACCUACCCCGGAGGCCUGCUGUUGUGUUUGUUGGACCGUUUGAACAUCACGCAAACUUACGACCCUGGCGUGAACAUGGAUCCAAGGUGGUGAGAAUCACCGAGACAAAAGAAGGAUUUUUGGAUUUAAAUGAUCUUGAGAGAAAACUUAUUGAAGAAAGAACAACUGGAAUGAUGGUUGGUUAUUUUAGUGCAGCUAGUUGUAUAACUGGUGUUCUUGCUGAUGAUGUUGCAACGACACUACUUCUUCAUCAGUAUGGUGCUCUGAGUAUUUGGGAUUAUACAUCUGCUGCUCCAUAUAUUCACAUCGACAUGAAUCCACAUUUACCAGGAGUAGGAGAAACUGCAGUCCACAAAGAUGCAAUAAUAUUUAGUGGACAUAAAUUCAUGGGUGGUGCUCAAUCACCAGGUGUUCUUGUUAUUAAAAAAUUACUUCUUGGUAAUGAAAUUGCAAGUGAAGAUAUGAGAGAUUCACAUAGACAUCUGCAAGAUCCAGAAUUACGAGAUGAAAGUGGUACUGCUGGUGUUGUUGAAUCAAUACGUUGUGGUCUUGCUGUUCAACUCAAAGAAAAUGUUACACCACAAGCAAUAAUUACUCGUCAAGAUAAAAUUUGCAGGCAAAUGUUGGCACACGUGAGAACAAUACCUGAGUUGAUUCUACUUGGUAAUACAUCUCAUAAUGUAAAACGAUUACCAAUAUUUUCAUUUAUGGUAAGACAUCCAAGAGGAACAUUCCUUCAUCAUAAUUUUGUGUGCGCAAUUCUCAAUGAUGUUUUUGGUAUACAAGCUAGAGGUGGAUGCGCAUGUGCGGGUCGAUAUGCACACGAUCUCAUGGGAAUUGACACUGACCUUGCUAGACAAUAUGAAACUGUCCUUGUUGAAAGUGAUGGAUACAGUCAUCAUGAUGGCUGUGAUGCAGAAGCACUACGACCAGGUUUUGCAAGACUAUCACUACCUUAUUUCAUGUCAGAUGCUGAGCUUGCAUUUGUUUUGGAAGCUCUAAAAAUGGUUGCAACUGAAGGCUGGAAAUUACUUCCACAAUAUGUAUUAAAUCCUGAUACUGGUGAAUGGCGACAUCAUACAAAUAGUGUAUUUAAAGAACGUAAAUGGCUUGGUGCUAUACGUUAUACAGAUGGUAAAAUGAUUACAUCAGAAAGACGUGUAUCAGGUGCUGGUGGUGUAUUUCCACAAAGCUGUAGUGAUUGUCUUCAAACAGCAAGAAAUAUAUUUAAUCGUUCAAGAAAAAUGGCACACAGAUAUCCCCUUCAAAUUGAUAGAAGUGUAUCUUUUUCAGAAAAAGGUGAUUCACUUCGUUGGUUUAUAUUACCAGGUGAAGCACAAGAUCUUUUGUUGGGAAAUUCUCAAAAUGUCAAACAAGAUAUUCCCUUUGAUCCAAUGUCCCGAAAGACCUAUUCAAGUUAUUUAAAUACACAUCUAGGAAAUUCACAUUCAGCAAGCUCAAUAAGAAGACUCAACAGUGAUAUUCCAAAAUCUGGAAAUACAUCAUUAGUUAGUAUGUCGUCUCCUCGUCAUCACAGUCUUCCAGCAUUAUCAGUAACACAGACAAAUAAUCAUGCUUUAAUUAAACAACCAAAUAUUGAUGAAUUUUCGGGUACAUCAGUUGAAGCACUUGGUAUUGAUGAUCAUGAUUUUAUAACAAAAAAUAAACAACAACAGCAGUUACAUAAAAAAAGAACAAUUCAAGUAGGAAGAGAAGCUUUAAGUUCAGCUGGUUCAUCUAGAGCAGGAUCACCAUCUUUACCAAUUGAAUUUGCUGUUGGUGAAGCUGUAUCUUCACCAAUGAUAUUAGGAGCAAGUCCAGCUGUUGCAAGACUUAUGGCUGAUGAACAAAAUUUAAAUAAUGGAAUAACACGUGCUGGUAGAGUACGAUGUAAUUCUUUGGAGAGUAGCAUAAGUGGUAAAACUUUGCCUAUGCCUAUUCCUUUGAGUCCUCAAACAUUAGCAAGUUUAGGAAUUGCAAAUUCAUCUGGUAAUCAUGCAACAAGAACUCAUCGACAUUGCAGUUGUAGUAGCCGAAGUUCGCUAGACUUUGAUGGACCUGUUGAUAGCUCAAUAAGAUCAUCAUCUUUAUCAUCAGUAACUUCAUCUCCAACAUCAUCAACAUCACCUUCUCCCUAUCCUUAUACACACUCGAAUAUUAAUUGCCAACAAGCACAGCUACAUCAUCAUCAUCAUCAUUAUCAUCAUCAUAAUUCUAGGCAUUCAACUGAGACAAAUUCUAUGCAAAAAAUUGGCAGAAGUUCACCGAUAUUAUCAAGUUUUAGUAAUAGCUCGGAAGAUGAUUUACGAGCAUAUUUAACAGAAGUUACAAAUGAAUUAGCAACUGAAAUAAAAUCUGAAAUAAGAGAAGUUAUUUCAAAAGUUGAUGAUGUUUUAUCUGAAAGUAAUGUUAGUGAUAAUGGAACACCACAACAUCAUUUACACAGAGUAACAUCAGCAAGUACAGAUAAACACACAAAGGAUGAUUCAUUUUCUGCCAGUGAAAUUGCUGAAUAUUUAAUGGAAUUUUCAAAAGAAAUGGCAAGUGAAGUUAAAUCAGAAAUUCGAUGUAUGGUUAAUUCAGUUGAUGGUCUUGGUAGAUAUUCUCCUGAUAUAUAUUCAAGAACAUCAUCAAGUACACCUGGUUAUGGUACACCAGAAAAACGUUCAGGAGAUUCUAUUUUUCCAACUUCUCCUUUAGCAAGUCACAAAGCCUCAUUAACAAAAACAACAAAACUCAAUGACCUUAUUCAUUCACAGCAAGAUAGUAAAAUGUCAAGUGAAUGUUCGUCUGAUGAAACAGUUAUAUAUGUAGUUGGACCAAAAAAAUCUGUUAAUCAAACUGGUCACGAACGAUCUAAAACGUCUGACGAGGAAGAAGAUGAUGAUGAAGAAGAAGAAGAACAUACUAACAAACAAUUAAUUAAAAAUAAUGUUUCAACAACAAGUGUUACUAUUACAAAAAAUCUUCCAGAAAUUUAUUCAGCAAUAAAUUCAGUUAGUUCACAAGAUAGUGGAAUUAAUUUGUCAUUUCAUGACAGUGAUAUUAGAACCACAGAUCUUGGUAGAAGUAGCAGUAGUAGUAGUAGCAGUGGAAGUAGUAGUACUGAGUCUUGCAGUUCAACAACUAGUAGAAGACUAAAAACUUUAUCGACAAAUAUUAAAAGACGUGAAAGGGAUGAAAGACUUCCAAAUGAUGUAUCAGAAGAUGAGAUAAUGAGAGAAGAAGAACAAGUUUUGUUAUCAGAAGAAGAUGAUAAACCACUUGAGGCAAAGAUAGAACAAAAUGAUACAGGGAGUAGUCCUCAAUGGCAUAGCCCAACGAAAAAUGUAUGGAAACCAACGAUGGAAGCUAUACAUGAGUAUGAUAUGAUCAGAAAUAAGGAUAGAAUAUUAGUAUGCCUUCCAGCAUCAACAGUUGGUGUAGGAGGUGCUGCAGGUCAAUACUCUCUGGCACUUCUUCAUACUCUUCAUCAAUAUCAAUUUUAUGCAAGAUCAAAAAAUAUUGAAUUUGAUAUUGGAGCUGUGACAAUUGAUGCUGGAAAUUCUUAUGAUUCAUUGAAGUCCAUGAGUUAUCUUAAGACACUUGAAAUACCAUAUUUUUAUGAAGAAGCUGAAGAACAAGCUGAACUUAUUAAUACAAAUAAAUCAUGCUUGCAAAGUGGUGAAUUAAAUAAACAAGUUUGUACAUUAUGUGGUAGAGUUGAUGAUAAUACAAGAAAAAGAUUAUAUUCAGUUGCAAAUAGAUAUGGUUAUAAUGUUUUAGCACUUGGUCAACAUCUUGAUAAUUUUGCUGAAGGAUUUUUAUCAUCAUUAUUUUAUACUGGUAAAAUUAAAACAAUGAAAGCACAUUAUUAUGUUAAAAAAGAAGAAAUAAGAGUUAUUAGACCAUUUGUGUAUGUUCGUGAACGAGCAUUACAACAAUUUACUGAUGAAAAAAAAUUACCAAAAUUGCGAGCUAAUUGUGAAUUGUGUGAUGAAAAUUCAUUGAAAAAAUUAGAAAGAAAUCGUGAACUUCUUGCUCAACAAGAACGUACAUUUCCAAAGUUAUAUUGGUCUUUAAGAACAGCAUUAAGACCUUUGAUAUUAUCAAGAGGUAAUUGCAUUCAAACAACUGGACAUCAAAAUUAUCCACGUCAAAGAUUUAGAACAAAAGGAAAAACAACACAUAUUAAUGUACCAAUUUUACCAGUAACAGCUUCAUCAUUGGAGCUAGAAGGCAGUGAGACUGAUGAAGAGCAAAUACUGUAAAAUAAUACAGCAACUGCUUUACUUCAUUUUCAAUAUAUUAUUUAAUUUAUCAAUUCAAACAAAAUUAUUGCUUGUUCUUUCUGUAAAACGUCAAAAAAUAUUUUUUAAAAAAACUUGACUGAUUAUUUAUUAUUUGGCAUUUUAAAAGAACAUUAACUUUUUUUUUCGUUUUUGUAAAUUUUUUUGUUUUUCAUAGAAAAAUAUUGUUUUUGCGGUCAAAAAACAAUAUUUUCUAUAUUAAUUUUUUUUUAUACAUUAGUAUUUAAUUGUUGUAUUUAAUAUAGUCAAAAUACUGAAGCUAUUGUUUGCUGCAAAUUCGUACUUAUGUUGAAAUUUUAUUUACAUAGAGAUAAGAAAUUUAACUUGGCUCAGCCCUGGUACAACUUGCACGCUAAUUUUAUAAAUAAAAUAUAAAAAAAUUUCAUCAGUUUGACAAUUGUUUCUUGUUAGCUAUUACAUUGUUGCAUAAGUCUUAAAUAAACUUAUGUAUUUGCAUGUUUUUUUGUAAUCAAUUAAUGACAAUGAUGACAGAUUGGAAAAAAAAAUGCACUAUGUUUUUUUGUAAAAAAAAGAGAGAAUAAUGCAACUAUGAAAAAAUGUUAUUAAAUGUCUCUUUUUUAUUUUACUUGUAAAUAUUUAGUGGGAUGCAUGGGUCAUAAAAUCUGUCAUCUUUGUCAAUGUUGGAAUAUAUUUUAAUUGACAAUUUAACUUGGUAUAUUAAUCUUGAAAAAUUCAUUAAAGUUCAGUAAAAAUAUAUGUAAUAAUUAUUCUAUUAACAUUUCGAUUAUCGUGACUUAAAAAAUUGUCAUUUAUCCCAUUCAUGUUAUACUAGAUAAAAAAAAUUUAAACUAGCAUAAUAAAGUUGAAAACUAUUAUUAAAAAAACCGAUUUUUUUUUUAUUUUAUAAUUAAUAUAUUUUUUCUUUUAUACUUUUGUUUAUUCAAAAAAAACCGUCAAAAAAAGAAACUAAAAAUUCAAUUUUUCUCUUUGUUGUUAUAAAAAAUUAUGGAGUUUAAAUGUGGAAAAAAAAAUCGGUUUAACAAGUGUUUUUAUUUGAUGAAUAAAAAUAAGAAAAAAUUAUUUUUAUUAUUGUAGAUUUAUGACUCAUUUAAAUAUGUGUAAAAAUUAUUAUAGAAAAAAUUAUAGAAAAAAAAAUAACGUGUUGUACUUAAACUUGGGUUGAGUAAAAAAAAAAAAAAUAAUAUAUAUAUUCAAAUUAAUUUGCAUGAAUUAAAAAAAAAAAUGACUUUAUAUUUGUGGCAAACGUAUAUUAAAGUGCAUCCUAGUUUUAAUAAAUAAUUAUAAUUAUUACAAAAAAAAAACAAAAAACAAAAAAAAAAAUAAUAUAAAAUUAUAAAUUGAUAUAUUUUUUGAAAAUUAAAAAAUGACAUAAAUUGUUAAAUAUUAUAAAAAUGUGUAAAUUUAUUUAUCGCUAAUAAAAAAUAACAAAAAAAUUUA